AUGGUCCCUAGCAGGAUCGAACUGCUGAUCUUGGUGUUAUUAGCACCACGCCUUAACCAACUAGGCCAAGGGACCGUUUGUGGAUUAUGUAAAGUAUCUGUCUUAUAA